ACAGUCACUAUCACAUUCUCCUACAAUUAAAAGUCAAGUCAAACUAAAUUGUCCACGCGUAUUCGCGUUCAACACAGUUACCACGAUCAAUGAUCUUGACUUGUUAGUGAUCACUUCAUUUUGCUGUCACCUUCAUUCCAAAGAGCUUGUUAUCUUUCGUUCUUUCUGUAUAUUAUCACCAAACUCUUUCGAGUCUACACGAGCAAUGGCAGAUAGUGUUGUUGCCUUUCUGCUACAGAACUUGUCGCGGUUACUUGAGGAUGAACUCAAGUUACUUUCUGGCGUGGAAGACAAAAUUAUUUCCCUGUCCAAUGAACUCAAGUUUAUAGACAUCUUCCUCAAAAGCUCCGAGGGAAAACGCAACGAAAAGGUUGUCAAAGAAGUGGUGAACCAAAUAAGAGAUGUCGCACACAAAGCUGAGGAUAUUGUUGAUACCUACGUUGCCAACGCCACCAAACACAGAACCAGAAACGCACUCAGCAAGUUAUUCCACUUCAAAGAACGGUUCAUGGUGCUUCACAAAGUCCAUGCUGAGAUAGAGAGGAUCAAGAACCGUAUUGAUGAGAUCUAUAAGAACAAGGAGAGAUACGAUAUUGGAGAAGGUGUGUUCAAAAAUGAAGAAGCUACUGCUGCUGCAGAAUCGCUCCGCAGAAGAAGAAGGGAUGUGGAGGAAGAAGAUGUAGUAGGCUUAGUGCAUGACUCCACCCACGUGAUUCGGCAUCUCGUGGAAGAAGGUGAUUUGGGUCGUAAAGUAUUUUGUAUAAUUGGCAUGGGAGGGUUGGGCAAGACCACUCUUGCUAGAAAGGUUUAUAACAACAAUAUGGUGAAGGAGUUGUUUACUUCUUGUGCAUGGGGUUAUGUGUCUAAUGAUUACAGAGCCAGUGAGGUUUUGCUUAGCCUUCUCAAGUGUUUGCUGUCCAAAUCAGAAUAUAAUGAUUUAUUAAAGAAAAUAGCUGAUGAAGGUGGAGAUAUAAGCGAGGGAGAGCUAAAGAUGAAGGUGGGAGAAUGCUUGAAGGGGAAUAAGUACUUGGUAGUUCUUGAUGACAUUUGGAAAACCCAAGUAUGGGAUGAGGUAAAAGCUGCCUUUCCAGAUGACAAAAAUGGUAGCAGAAUACUCAUAACUAGUCGUAUAAAUGAGGUGGCACAUUAUUCAGGAACUGCAUGUCCCUACUACCUUCCCUUCCUCACUAAAGAUGAAAGCUGGGAACUUUUCUCUAAGAAGGUAUUUCGAGGUGAAGAAUGCCCUUCUAAUUUAAAGCCUCUGGGUAGAUCCAUUGUUGAAAGUUGUGGGGGUUUACCACUUGCCAUAGUUGUUUUAGCAGGACUUGUUGCCAAGAAAGAGAAGUCAGAAAGAGAGUGGAAGAGAAUCAUGGAAGUGAGUUGGCAUCUUACACAAGACAAGACUGAAGUGAUGGAUAUACUGAAGCUCAGCUACGAUUUCUUGCCUCAAAGAUUAAAGCCAUGCUUUCUGUAUUUAGGAAUUUAUCCUGAAGACUAUGAGAUCAAUGCAAGGCAAUUGAUUCAACUAUGGAUAGCUGAAGGGUUCAUACAUUCACAAGAAACUGGCUUCCCAGAUACAGCAGAGCUAGAAGAUAUUGGUGACUACUACUUGGAUGAGCUGGUGGAUCGCAGCCUGGUGCAAGUGGCAAGUAGAAGGAGUGAUGGCGGUGUCAAGACAUGUCGGAUUCAUGAUCUUCUUCGUGACCUCUGCAUAUCAGAGAGCAAAUCAUGUAAGUUUUUUGAGGUUUGCACAGAAGCAAACAUUGAUACUCUAUCCUUUUGCAAUCCUCGUAGAUUGUCCUUGCAAUGCAAAGCACGGUCUUAUAUUUCUACAAAAAAAUUUAACCAAUCCUACACUCGUUCCUUGUUCUUCUUUCCUGAAAUCAUGCACACACAUGGCAUUCCAAAGAGCAUCAAGUGUGCUCGUGUGCUGUAUUCUAAAUCCAAAGGAGCAAUGAAUUAUUCACUGCAUAGUGGUUUUAAGACAAUGAUCCAUCUAAGGUAUUUGAGAAUAGACACGGGUGUAGGCCACAUUCCAGCUUCUAUAUGCAACCUUUGGAAUUUAGAAACACUAGAUAUAAGAUACAAAGAAACUGUCUCAAGUGAAAUUUGGAAGCUUAAGCGAUUGAGACAUCUUUAUUUGAGAGGGGGUGCAAAGUUGCCAGAAGUAAAUAGGGAAAGAAAGGAGAAUCUCCAAACCUUGUGGUUAAGGGCUCAUGAUCGACAAAUGGUGUCCAUGCUGAAUAAGGACAUGUUUCCCAAUGACAUGUUUCCAAGGUUGAGAAAAUUAGUUUUGCACUAUCCAUUUCAUCCUCGUUCCCAUGAACAAUUACCUACUGUGAGGUUACCAAGUCUACACCACCUAAGCAAUCUCCAAAGCCUAAAAAUAAUUGACUUCCUAGAACUUCCACCAGACCCAAAUGCUUUUCCAUCAAAUCUCAACAAAAUAACCUGGAAACAGAUACACAUUGCCAAUGACUUUUUUCUGAUGAAUACACUAGGAUGGCUUACCAACCUCCAAAUUUUGAAAUUGGGAAGGCAACGCUCUCAUGUCUUUUUUGACCUUAAUGUUGGGGAAGAAGAAUUCCCACAGCUUCAAGUAUUUGAGAUGAGGGGAAUGAGAGUUAGGAACUGGAGAUUAGACAAAACUGCAAUGCCACAUCUUAGACAUCUUCUCAUCGAAAGCUGUGAAUACUUGAAUGAUCUUCCUGAAGAACUCUGGUCCUUGACUACCUUACAAGAAGUUCAUGCUAUGUGGCCCUCUGAAAGAUUGGCAAACAGACUCCAAAAUGUGAAGUUAAAGAAUGGUUGUAAGCUCAUAAUCUCUCAUACUCCUUGAAGUGGUCAAUCGGAUCAAAGUUCACUCUGAGUCAUUCUUUUUCGGUUUAUACAAGGCUGUAGCUUCAGUCCAAAAACAGGCACUUCAAUGUAAUUUCAUUUAAAUGUGGAUUAAUUUGAUUAAUUUCUUUUUCCUUCUUCCCUGGUUAUUCUAAUGAUGUGCUUUCAGUUUGUCUCCAAUGUAACUUCAUUUACAAGUUGAUUGUAGAAGGCUUUUGUUUUCUUGCUUUAAUGAGAAUUGUUGGUUCAAAUUCAGUUAAAAUGGAUGGACACCCACAACCUGUAUCAUGAAAUAAUUUGUGAUUCCUAUGCUCCUGAUUCGAAUGUAUCAUUCACAACAUUUACUUCUGCAAAACUUUUUCAUUCUCUCCUCCUUUACAUUUGAAGCGCUCGUGUAAUAUUUUUUAUAAUUAUUGAUUUUUGUGUUACAUCAUGAUUUUCGUAUAUAAAUUUAUAUUAUUGUUAAUAAUAAGUUUUUGAAAUUGUUGUCAGUUAUUUUCUGUUAUUUUAGUUUAUUAGAGUAAUAUCAUAGUCAAUAAGUCGUUUUAAUAUUUUAAGAAUAAUUUAGUUUGUUAUCAAAUCUUUCAGUUAUAUAAUUAGUUUAGAUUUCUUUGCCUUAUUAUAAAUGCAUUGUUGUUAUUGAAUAAAAGUUAAG